AGGUUUAUGAAAUCAGUUAUUGCAAAAUCAGCAUACUCGAAUUUGUAAUUUGCUCCCACACCUUGCGUCAACCGGCUCAUAGCGCCCCCGUUCUGAUGCUGGGGCCACCGCCGGUGGUGCCACUACGCCCUCGUGCUCCGCGUCCCACCGCGCUUCCGACCCCCAGAACCGCAAAACCUAACACCGACCCGACAACCACCACCACCACCACCAGUAGCACCGCCUCCGCGGGCAAAGCGGCUACCAUGGGCGCGGCGGCAUGGUGGCGGCGCGCGCUGGGGCAGCGGCUCAACCCGGCCGGCGUGGCCGCGGUGGCGGCCGUCGCGGCGUCCGAGCCGCGCCUGGCGCUGCCGCACGUGUCGUUGCAGGACAUCCGGUGGCUGGACUGGGCCGAGCUCCGCCACGCCGGAUUCCGCGGCGUCGUCUUCGACAAGGACAACACCCUCACCGCGCCCUACGUUCCCGCGCUCUGGCCGCCGCUCGCCGACGCGUUCGACCAGUGCCGCGCCACAUUCCCGCCCGGCGCGCUCGCCAUCUACAGCAACUCCGCAGGGUUGAAGGAGUAUGAUCCGGAUGGGGUGGAUGCGAAGGUGAUCGAGGCGGCCAUCGAGGGGAUUCAUGUGAUCAGGCAUGAUAUAAAGAAACCAGGUGGAACAGCUAAGGAAAUAGAGAGUUACUUUGGUUGUUCAGCCUCAAAUCUUGUGCUGGUUGGUGAUCGUUACUUCACUGAUGUGGUCUAUGGAAACAGGAAUGGCUUUCUUACAGUAUUGACAGAACCGUUAAAUUUCGCUAAUGAAUCUUACAUUGUCAGAAUGGUUAGGAAACUGGAGGCAUACAUCAUCAGUUAUUGGUACAAGAAGGGACACAAACCUAUCAAGCACCCUUUGCUCCCUGAUGCGAGAAGAAUUGUAAAGUUUGAUCCAUAUGACGACUCAAGUGGAUCCAAGAGUAUAGCAUAGUGAUCUAUGUUAAUCCUGCUCACACUGAGGACAAUUCACUGGGUUCUCUUCUCCAGAUCAGUUAGUGUGGAGAUCUGUGGUUUGUGCUGAGGAGAGUACAGGGGAGAAACAUGUUAUGUGGAGAUUUGUUGUUUAUCGUUGGGCGGAAUGCAAGAGAGAAAUAUUCUGUAUCUAAACUCAAUUUCGUUCAGGGAAAUGCAUAUCUUUUGAUAAUA